AUGGCUAAAACAGUAAUUAAAAGCAGGUCGACGCCAUCCUUAAAGAGCCCUAAAGUGGCCGCCGAAGGCAAUGGACUACAACUGAACUCGAAAAGAAGCGGGGGACUUGUCACCGAAAAUGCUAGCAGACAAGGCAUGCUUCAAACGAACGCUUUCCAACGAAAACGCAAAAUUGAGUUGUUUAUUGAGUGCACGGAUCUUGUACAGCUUGAUACGUUCUCUAGAAGUGACCCCAUGUGUGUGCUGUAUGUGAAACGACUAGGCCAGUGGAUGGAAUACGGUAGAACGGAGUCAAUACCGAAUAACCUUCACCCUAAGGUACACUGAUUUCGGUACGGUCAAUAUUACCGGCACCCUGUGGCCAUGGGGCCAUUGUAAAGGGCCGUUUGCAGAUGCUCAACUAUAUCAGCUUUAAAUUUAGCGUUAUUUCAAUCCAUUUAGCGAAACACUGUACUGGCUAUACCUUUUUACUUUGAAGUACCCAGCUUAAUGAAAAAAGAUUGUGUGUUAUAGGGGAAAUAGUUGCCGCGGUUAAAGUCCACAGCCGUUUUUAGGCUGUGUAGCAGACUACGGUUAAAGCGAAUUCCUCCCAUUUUUCGGUCAAGUUUCUCAACAUCGGAUCGUUUCAUAAAACAACCUCCUGCUUCCUUUUUGUCCGUGAAUUUCAACAAUUAUUUUAGUGAGGAAAUAUUAACUAUUAUUUACCUCAUAAAAUAAUAGCUCACCAUCUGUGAAUUUUUUUCUUUUUAAUACUCCUGUGUGACUUAACUUUUUGCUAAUGACCUAUCUGUUCAAAUUCCUGUUAACAAAAAUUGUUAUAAAGAAGGUCUUUUAAUUUUCUAGCAGGUUUAUUCGGUCUCAAAGGUAACAGAUGCAAGUUGAAAAUUAUUUAGAUCGACCAUGUAAACAUUGAAUGGCAAUGUUGAGUCUCUUUUUAUGCAACUAUCUAGUUUUGUUUUUUUUUUCUAGUGUCUGUCAAUAUAAAUACUAAUAAUGAAUCAUUAUCAAAAUAAUCAGCCACACUGGCUCUUGAUUUUUCGAUGCUUCUAGAAUUAAUUUUUUCAAGCAAUGCCGGCUGAGCUUACGUCACUAUUCAUGACGUUAAAUCAAAAGAAAGCUAGAAAAUGAAAUUGAUGUUAAUCCGAGAUGUUAAUCCGUAAAUAAUUCUCGACAUUUUUAAUUUGAAAUAUUAAUCGGCCUGUGAAUUGAAAAUAUACGUUGACUCCAAUGCAAGGUGUGCGCGGAGCUAAUUAUGAUUCAAAACUGUAAACGAAAGGAUUAAACUGUUGGUGAAUUCAUGGCUUUUUAAACCGCUGUUAGCCUUACAAUUUCAACUUCAAGCAGCCUUUAAUUUUUAUUCAUUUCUUUCAAUUUCUAUUUUGUUUUACUUUUAAAUGAGUCAUUCAUUUCAUCAAAUCAAUAUGUGAGGUGAAAAUGCAGCUUUCACUCAUUGAUAUGGUUCGUGAUCAGUCUGGUUCGUGAUUGAAGCUAGAAGCUCGCGCCAUUUUAUCUACUGCCGAUUUAAAAGCUGUCACGAACUGCAGUAUUUGGUGAUAGUGAUUUUUUAUAGCAGUGUUGUAAAGAUGUCAUUGGAGAGAAAACGGUGCUCUUAGGAACGUUUUAAACGUCGAACUUCACAUGUUCAGAAUAUAAUGCUACUGGGGAAAAUCUAUUGCUCUGUCUCGCUCAUUUGCAUCGGAUUCAGCAAAUGUAGACGCGAGAAACGAGGGCGGCAGCCCGAGAAGAGGUUGUCGUGCUUCUCCCCGUCUCGCGCCUUCAGUCACGCACGUGAUCAUUUGCGUGUCUUGGACGUUUUGCUCGACGGUCCAAGAAAAAAGAGAGACUGUUCGUAGUCUAAAAGAGGGCUUUCGUGUUGUUACAAACAUCUUGGAUUAUGCAGCUGCCAAAUUUUAAGCACUUUGUCAUGUGAUGAAAAGAAUUUUUAUUGCUGCAUCCUUGUAUAAAAACCCUAAGUACAGCAGGUCUGCACAUCAGCGUGAAUAUUGAAUCACGGAAAGAAAACUUGAAGCACUGAAUACAGACUAAGCAGUACAAAAGGUUUUAAUAAGCAUUUUAUACUAAAUGGUAACUUCAUAAAAUUGAAAUAAAUAAUUAAUUUUUUUUUUCAGUUCAUAGAGACGUUUAUCCUUGAAGCUAACACGACGUUAUAUCCAAGACUUCGCUUUUCAGUUUUCGAUCUGGCAAACUUCACCUCCAAAGACCUUCGUAAACACGAUUUUAUUGGCAGCCUAGAAAUUGAAUUGGAAGCCAUGUUGGAAUGCGACAACGGAUCAGCUAUUAGAACGUUACGGCUUCCGGGAGAUGUAAAAUCGCGAGGUUAUAUACAUGUUUACUGGGAAGAUGUGAAGGAAAGCAGGACUAACGUUAAACUUCAUUUUGGAGCCACGAAUUUGUCAAAGAAAGGACUUUUAGGGAAGUGCGAUUCAUUUUUUGAAAUUAAUCGUCUGCUGUCCAAGCCUGAUCACUUCCAUCCUAUCUACAGAUCUGAAGUGGUCACAAGAACAGCCUGUCCAAAGUGAGUUAAUUAUAUCAACCCUUUACUGGGCCCUAAGAUCAAAAUUUGAAUUCUCAUUUGUUGCUCCUAUUCAUUUCCUACAGAAGUGUAGUAGGGAGUCAAGCAAAUUCAUCUUGUAUGAUCAUGUCUGUAAUUCUCAUGACCACUCUGUUUUACAAAGCAUUGAUAUUACAAGGAGAAAUUUGAUGCUGAUCAAUCUUAGGGUUUAAAGGGUUAAUUGCGCACUACAGGAUUGCAGGUAUUUCUGCAAAGACCAUGCUGGUUGUUCAGAUCUCUUUAAUUGAAAUUUAUACUGAAAGAAUUAAGUUAUCGUUGGUGGUUUUUAGAUAUCACCUAAAUAGUCCUUAAAGUGGACCUUUUAUAGUCAGUGUUUAUGAUGACACUUCGCCCAACAUCAAAUAGGCCUAGACAUAAUUGAAGACGAAUAUUCUUCUCGUACAAUCCUAUAACGUCGGAACGGCGGAGUAAAGUCGACGUAGAGUGUUUAGUGCUUGAUGCGUUGGAAAUGUUGGGGGAAGCGAUCCAAAAAUUUUUGAUAUGGGGGAUAUAAACAUUCUUUGAGGUUGAAACUAUUCUCCCUUGUACAUCUUUUCCUGCAAACUUCUUUGUCUCUUGUGUAAUUGGCUUAAGCCAAGAGACAAUGCAAGAGAUGCUCGAGACGACUGCGUAAGUUUUAUUCCAUUUUAAGCACUUUAGAAAGUCCUCCGGUCUGACCGAUAUAUCGGUGGGGAGGAGAGUCCGAAAACUGUCGACCCCCGGAAUACGCCACUUCUAAAACGUAUAGUUGUUGAGUACUGACAGACGUGACAUUUUGGUACGCGGUCAACUUCUUUAUGGACACCUUCUUUAAACGGACACCUAUAGCUGAUUCCUGCCUUUCAGCUUUUGUCCGUUUCCUUGACUCUUAUCUAGAAAGUGGAUAAUUCUCUAGAACGGAUUUAUUAUACUUAUGCCUUGGUUCCAAAGGUAUGAGAUGAAUAACGUUUUGACUGUACAUGAGUUCAUGCGCAGGCCUUUGUAAUAUCUUUACUCCCAGCCAGAGCCCCUACUGUCUGUCACGUGACGUUAUAGUACGUCGUCCAAUGAUUGGACGAAUAUCGAUUGACACUAAUAACAUAUUAGCUGCUUGGUUUAGGAGGGAGGGUUAUACGAAGCCUUGAAAAUAAUUAUGUAGACGACGUUUGAAAGUUCAGUCUUGUGGACAGUGCCCUACCGUAAAUAGUGAGCUUAAGCAGCGACGUUUUUCAGCGACGGACGUAACCGGAAGUGGACUUUUUGCAUCAUUGGGGAGCGGUUUGGUUGAAACUCUCGGGUAAAUCGUCUUUAAAAGAGAAAAGAAACUCAGCAAUACAAGUUUAUUAGCGUCAAGGCAUAUAAAAAGCCUCACUUCCGGUUGACGUGCGUCGCUCAAAAACGUCUUUGCUUAAGGUCCCUAAUGAACGAUUAAGGCGCCGGGAUGCGAAUAAGCGCCGCACCUAUACCAAAAAACAAAUAAUAAUUUAAUAAGCGCCGCUCUCGAAUAAACGCCGAGGAGCUAAUUUGGGUAUUUACAAAUUAGCGCCCUACCUUUGUUACAGCGCUAGAUAUAGAGAGAUAUCAAAACCAUAUCGCUUGGGAAAUAAGACCUCGACCAACUCAUGAGUUCUAAAGUUUUAAUGUAGGGAAACUCUUGAAACCGGGUUCAUAUAUCAGUUCGAGGUGUACAUAUUUUAUAUUAAAUUACGCAUACGUAGUACGUGCCUCACUUAAUUCUCUCUAUAUUCCCCUCAGUGUUUUACCUGUAGUUGAAAUAGGCGCCGCUCUCGUAUAAGCGCCGCAUUCAUAACAGGAAAAAUGAAACAAGCGCCGCGGUGCUUCAUCGAUCAUUUACGGUACUCGGUUUUAUAAGAAGCUAUUGACAUUAGUUUUGGUAACUUGUACUUGUCUACAAGUUUAGUGUUCAUGACUAUGUUGUUUUAAUACGUUUAAUAGGUGGGCACCAUUUGACAUUAGUCUACAGAAGUUAUGCAAUGACAAUGUUGAUGGACAACUUUUACUCUCUUGCUGGCAUUUCUCAAACAGUGGUAAUCACUCCAUUGUAGGAGAGGCUAAGAUACCCUCAAGUUCCUUAUUGAAAAGGUAAGAAGCACUCGGGGGAAGCCCUCGGCAAAAUUCCGGGGAAAAUUGUAACUUGAGGUUACCCCUUGAGCUACCCGUCUCGGCAGCUAAAUAAGUAUAGUCCACUUACGGCUGCUUAGUCUUUACCCGACGGUGUGCAAUUCUGAUGAGGUAGAGGCGGCUGCUUAGUUCUCACACUGUCCGGAUGAUAAGGCUUAUAAGCAUGCGUAAAGCACAGGCCACGUAGGUGUAAGAUAAAAGGGGCAAUUUAAUUGUACUACACCAGAAAAUGAGCUCACAUUCAAGUUUACUCUGUACUUUUUACAUUCAUAAUUUUUCUCGUCCAUAGAACAGUUAGAGAGGUGGAUAUAGUGAAUCCAAGAAAACAGAACAAAGGUAAACGAAAUUCAAACUCUGGGACUUUGCGCAUUCUUCAGUGUCACGUAGACACACAGUUUAGUCUAGUUGAUUACGUCAGAGGUAACUGCGUCAUCAAAUUGGUAUGUGCUGUCGACUUCACCAUCUCCAACGGAAAACCCAUGACUAAAGAUUCUCUUCACAAUAUAGACGAAGAAAAGGCAAGUGUUAGAAUUGAUUAAAUCUAAGAAUUGAUAUGCAGAUCUUAUGUUAGAAGUUGACUUUGGAAGAACUUCUUUUAGGUAGUUCUUUGUAUUUUUUUCAUCUUCAGACGCUGGUCGUCCAAAUUGCUUGGUUAUUGAAACUAGUUCAUAGACUAGUUACUAACUAGUUACAUAGAUACCUGUUUACCACACAGUUCAUCUCCGACACAUGGAUUAUUCUGACUGCAAUUUAAAAAUUGUCCUUUUUAAAUAGACCACACGAGAAAUCGACCUUUUGAUCUCAUUGAUGAUCAGUAUUUUCAAGCAAAAAGAACGUUAUGCAACAAGGUUCAACUUUUUUCGUAUGAUGCCGGUUGUUCACAACGUGAGCUAAUCCAUUGCCUCCAUUAGCUCGUUAUUUGAUGAGUUCCUUUCAGUAUGAGUUGAGAAAAAAGAGUUUGUGAACAGUCUGUUCAUACAGCAUCAGAUACAACUAAUAGACAGCUAAUCAAUUAAAUUACGACAAGAAUUACGUCAUCUGCGUCGUCGUCGUUGUCGUCUCUUUCCUAAUCCUCCUUUUUGUCGUCACCAUUCUCAUCAUUGUUAUCAUUAUGAUAAUCACCAUUUACAUUACAUCAUCAUUAUAUCAGUCACUAUCAUCGACGUGACGUAACCUGCGUUUUACUCUUUUUUCACAUGAUGAUUGCAAGUUCGUUUCCCGGCCACCUCUAAAAUAAGGCCUCAAAUUUCUUUUGUAGAAUGAAUACGUCAAGACCCUGGACACUAUCGGGAAGGUAUUGACGAGCUUUAAGCAGGAGCAGAAAAUUCCAGCUUAUGGAUUUGGAGCCCAGGCCACAUCGGCCGGUCCAUUGCCAUAUAUUUUCCCUCUGGACAGAGACUGUGGGCAAUUUGAAUUGGAGAACAUAGAUGUGAGUUUUAGUGCAAGGACAUAUCCAGAGUUAUAAAAUCCUAAAGUAGAAUUUGGUCCAAAACCACUGACCUAUUUGUAAAACGAAUACACCUUUUUCAAACGUGUAAAAAUAAAUGGAGGGUGAUCUUUCACGAAUUGUAAGUGAAUGGUCAUUUCAAGCAUCUAUAGAUUGAGUCUCUGGGCCUGGGAUUUUUCCACACGCUAAUACCACUGGAAGUGAGAUUGGAGGCUGACCUUAUAUGUUAAAUUAAUUAAAUGUUAAGAAUAUUAUAUAUAAUGCUGCGAAAAUGAAAUUUUUACUCGCCCCUUUUAGUAGCUUUAUUUCUUUCCCUGGUUAAAUGGAGCAAAGCUAGUUAGCGUCUGCCUCAAAUAUCACUAUGUUGCUUCAUUUUCCCUUUUGCUGAAGACUGUUAUUGACGCUUACUGGAAACGACUGGAGGAUGUAAAAUUAGGGGGACCUACAUAUCUCGCGCCCGUCAUCCAACAGAUAGCGGCCUACGCCGAAAGAGAAGUAUCCCAGUGUUCACAGCACUACACCAUAGGCCUUGUUAUUGUUGAUGGCAUUAUAAAUGAUUUGGAAAGUUUGACGGACACUUUAAUUGAAGUCGGGAAUUUAGCACUCUCCAUCGUAGUUGUGGGCGUAGGACCAGCUGAUUUUAGAUUAAUGGUAAGAAACGUAAAAGUCAUGUGAAUGCUUGCUCGAUAAGAAAAUUAAGGCUUCUGUCAUAUAGUAUUUUCAAAUUAAUCGCAACUAUAACAAAAUUUUCAUAUGACUGGUUAUCAAUUGGCCUAAUUUCAUCACUAAUAGAACAGUGUAAUAGGACUGUACACCUCAUGCCUAAUUAAUUGGGCAGUAUGCACCAUAGCUGGCUGACACUAGAAGGUUUUAUUCAAAUCAAAAAAAAAUUAGAAAUUUUGUUACCUUUAAAUUUUGUUUUAGUUAUUAUUAAUUGGUAAGAGGAUCUUGUGUCGUCUCUUUUGGUCCGUAAUCACAUACUGGUGAUAAGUUGUGACUACAGACCGAAUUGGGCUCCACUCGGUCCCAUUACCAUCAUGAAUUUGACAAAAUAAAGUUCUAUUACCAACUAAAUGCAAACACUCAUUUACAGUGCGUGCUUGCGUGCAAAGGAGCUUCAGGGUUACUGACAACCAAUCGCAUUAUAUAAUGCCGUUGUAACUAUACUAAGUCGGUGGAAGCCACUAGUAAGAACAGAGAAUAUUUUUCUGGGGAAUAAUCCUGAAAAAAAGGAAAAAUUGGUACCAUUGUUACUUAGGGUCGAAAGAUUGCAUUCAAGUAACCAUCAAGUGUCAAAACAAGCAAUAAGCGCGCACUUGCACAUUGCGUUCCUUUUUUUUUGGAAUGCAGAAAAUAAUAAUAACGUCUUAUAUCAUUAUUUAGGAUGAGCUGUUUUCAAGGAGCAGACGACCUCUAAGAUCAAAGGAUGGAAAGACACUGGCACGCAAUAAUACAGAUUUUCUGUCAUUAAGAAGACACGCCACAAAUCCGGGAGUGAACGAUUCCGUGGUAAGCUGAUUAUGUAAUUCUUUAGUCUAUGAUAAAUUUCAAUAACUUUCACUGUGUACCUCGCCCAGAGGUGUUUUGGUUUAAGUAUUUUGGUACUGAGAUCAUAACUAAAGGUACUGUUAAUUAAGGUGUUUUUAUCUUAUAACAUGUCUCGUAAUUUUUAUUUCGACGCAAGUUGCACAAGACUAGGGGUACGUUGCUGGGGGUUAUAGUCCCUGAGAGGACUCUUAAAUACGCGUGUCUUGCAACGCGGUUUGUUGUAACAAACGUUAAGGUGACUCGACCCAGUUUUUUUGGGGGGGUACCAUCCUACUUUGAAGCUCCCAGGUAUCCCCACCUUUACUUUUAUCGUAAGUCUAACACAUGGAAUGGAUAACAUAUAGAUCAAUCUACAAUAUAACAUAAAAUUUUGGGCGAUCGGAGGAAAUGUCACGUGGUUAUAAUGCCACGCCCCUUUGAGGUCUGAGUCGAAAAUCUGCUGUUGCAGGCAUUUUUUCGUGAAAAUCUCUCGGCUACACAUAGCGCGCAUUAGUGCCUUGCGCUGAACAGAGUUUCACCAAAAUCGCAAAGACCCAAUUCGAGAAAUUCAGCGGUUUCCAAAUUUAGGUCAUAAUUUAUGCGAAAAUGAUAAGCAAACUUUACACGGAUUAUAUCUAAUAAACUAUGAGAUUCAUCUCUUUAUUUUGAGCAUCGUUAUAACAGAUGGGUCCUUGCAAGUCAGCAAAACGCUUUAGGGCCUUGUAAAUGCGCGCGAUUUCGAGCAAAGCAAACAUAUAGAAAUUAUAGUUUUCGCUAUUUGUUGACGUUUGUCAGCGUUUAAGAGUCUUUCUCACGAAAAAAGCAUUUUCUUAAAAAUUUAUAGUUUUUUUUCCUUAAAAUUUUUUCAGGGCCACAAUUGAUUAACUAACUACCCAGACUCUGAAUUUCAUGGUCAUUGAAAAACUGUGACAUUAUCUUCUAUGAGCCCAAACUUGAGUAAACAUUGAAGAUUUUUAGCGUUUUGGCUGAGUUUGUGCUUUGGGAGUUGUCUAUUGUUUCUAGUCUGUCAUUAUACAGCAUUCUUGUUCAGCAGGCGUGCAAUGACCGCGCUUGGCUUGGUCUAACUCGGGCACACUGACUUUCGCUCGGACAUUUCCUUUUCAGAGUGUCGCUUGAGAAUACGAAUAUUCAGUUGUACUGACAAUAAGGAACUCCAGUUGUCUUUUGAACGAGCUAAGGAAAGCUGGGUACUUUCGAAGGGGGACUGAAAUAUCAAAGUACCCCCUCAAAACUGCAGAACAUCUAAGAAACACAAGGGAGCUAACUGUGGCACCUGCGCAAUUGGACAAGACUGCAACAGAUUACAUUCGCAAAAACCUGCAAAACGUCAUUUCAACUUAUUUUCAAGUUUUCUAUUUUUUUUCCCGAGAUACUUCACUGGCGGAGUUCUAAUGUAAGGGUGUUGCCAAAAAUCAACAUUUGCAAAACUUCUUUAACUUAUUGACAUCUCUUUCUUUCGCCAGGCUCGUGAAGUCUUCGCAAACAUCUCACAACAAAUUGUGGCAUUUUUUAAAUCAAAAGGAAUUGUUCCUAACCUUCCAACGAAUAUGAACUUUACACAAGCCUGGGACGAUUGCAAUAAUACACCGAAUUCAACUUCCAGCAGACCCUCCUCGCCGCGCAUGCGCAAAAUUUCUCAUAAUGUUGUACCGAAAUGUCCGACAUGCGGAUCGGUGAUCGAUCGCGAUGGAUUUGACAAGACCUACGUCUAA